CCUUACGAGACCUCCCCGAUAUCUGCUCCCAAUUCUAUCAAAGUAUGGCAUUUCGCAAUCCGCAGCCUGGUAGUGAGGCUAUCGCUGGUGCAUCUCAGCUGACUGAUUCCUUUCGCCAUAUCCUUCGUGUUGGCGGUGGGUAUGGCAAUGUAAGCGGUCCUGGGCUUUUUAUGCUCCGUGUCAUCAUCUCAGGAACAGUAUCAAGUGUCGUCACAGGCAUGUUUGGCGCGUCAGUUGGCGCCUUGAUCUGGGAUACAGCCACGAUUCCAUUCAUUCUCUCAGCUUGCUCUGGUUUUGUUCUCGGGACCCUAGGUUUCUAUCGCGACGCGGUGCGCAAGAGUCUCGCCGCGCUCGAUCGAUAUCCACGACUGCUUCGAAUGCACCUGGACGCUAACUUUCCACAUCGGGAUUUUCAUACCUGGACGAUCGAUCGCUUCAGGAGUCAGGUGUUUAGAGGAAGCUGGGUGCUACAAAGCAUGCUUAUUGCGAGCUGGUUGACUGCUACCGAGGCCUUGGAUCAAAUUCGAGAUGCCGAGGAGCAGGCCAUCAUUUUGCCGCACACCCAAGCCCAAGUCAAUAGUGUUGACGAGGGCAAGGAAAAUUGA